GGUAAGGGGGUGGAGUGACUAGUUGCUGCGAACCACGUUGCUGGAGCCGCCACCUGGGCUGUUGAGGGGUUCGGGAAGGGGCUUCUGGGCUUCGCACAAGGACCGGCAGCGGAAAGGGCUUUGUCCAUGGCCUUCCAUGCAUAGGUUUUGAAAAUGCCUCCAGGCCUGUAAAGUUUGGUUGUCUCCCUUUCAAGAUGCCCCUCUCAGACUUUGUUCUGGCCCUGAAGGACAAUCCUUACUUUGGGGCUGGAUUUGGGCUGGUGGGUGUGGGCACAGCCCUGGCCCUGGCCCGGAAGGGCGCCCAGCUGGGGCUGGUGGCAUUCCGGCGCCAUUACAUGAUCACACUGGAAGUCCCUGCUCGAGACAGGAGCUAUGCCUGGUUGCUUAGCUGGCUUACCCGCCACAGUACCCGGACUCAGCACCUCAGUGUCGAGACUUCAUACCUUCAGCAUGAGAGUGGCCACAUCUCCACGAAGUUUGAAUUUGUUCCUAGCCCUGGAAACCACUUUAUCUGGUAUCAGGGGAAAUGGAUCCGAGUGGAACGAAGCCGACAGAUGCAGAUGAUAGACCUGCAGACUGGGACUCCUUGGGAAUCUGUUACCUUCACGGCUCUGGGCACUGACCGCAAAGUUUUCUUCAACAUCCUGGAGGAAGCUCGAGAGCUAGCCUUGCAGCAGGAGGAAGGGAAGACAGUGAUGUACACAGCCAUGGGCUCUGAAUGGCGUCCCUUUGGCUAUCCACGCCGCCGCCGCCCACUGAGUUCUGUGGUUCUAGAACAGGGUCUGGCUGACCGAAUUGUCAGAGACAUCCGGGAAUUCAUCGAUAACCCCAAGUGGUACACCGACAGAGGCAUUCCCUACAGACGUGGCUAUCUGCUUUAUGGGCCCCCUGGUUGCGGAAAGAGCAGUUUUAUCACAGCCCUGGCUGGGGAACUGGAGCACAGCAUCUGUCUCCUGAGUCUGACAGACUCCAGCCUCUCCGAUGACCGGCUCAACCACCUGCUGAGUGUGGCCCCACAGCAGAGCCUGGUGCUCCUGGAAGAUGUGGAUGCUGCCUUUCUCAGUCGAGACCUGGCUGCAGAGAAUCCAGUGAAGUACCAAGGUCUAGGUCGUCUCACCUUCAGUGGACUGCUCAAUGCUUUGGAUGGUGUGGCUUCCACCGAGGCACGCAUUGUGUUCAUGACCACCAACCAUGUCGACAGGCUGGACCCUGCCCUGAUACGCCCUGGGCGAGUAGACCUGAAGGAGUACGUGGGCUACUGCUCACACUGGCAGCUGACCCAGAUGUUCCAGAGGUUCUAUCCAGGGCAAGCACCUUCCUUGGCUGAGGCCUUUGCAGAACGUGUCCUUCAAGCUACAACUCAGAUCAGUCCUGCCCACGUGCAGGGCUACUUCAUGCUGUAUAAAAAUGACCCUGCAGGGGCAGUCCACAAUGCUGAGUCCCUGAGGAGGUGACAGCCAGGCGGUGCUCAGCUCUCCUGCUCUAGGAGGUCAAUAAACACCUGCCUCACUG